UUUAAAGAAUUACACCAAUGAGCGACAAAGUAAUUUUAACUUUCCAUUUAAACUUUUGCUAAAAGGAAAGCCAAUUUUUUAAAUUAAAAAACAAAGAUUAUACUUACUAGAAAUCUAAUCUCGUUGUUUUCUCACAGACUGGAGGAGAGAAUAGAGAGAGAAAAAAGCUCAAAGCAAGAACUCAGGAGAGAUCUUCAGCCCAAAAUUGCUCUCUCCCGCUCUUGAUUUCUUCUUCUCUAGAUCUGCAAUUUUAUUUCAAAAAUAAAUUUUUGUUGUUGUUGUUGUUGUUGUUAUUAUUAUUAUUAUUAUUAUUAUUAUUAUUCGUGAUUGAAAAGAAAAAUGCUUGAUUCCUUUUCAUGUUAUUAGAUUAUAGUCGUCAGAUCCUUGUUCAAAAUCAACGCUUUUUUUUUCAGAAAAGCGGUCGAUAUUGACGAAAAUUCCAAAUUAAUUGAAGAAAUUGAAAAAAGGGGUUUUGUUUAGUCGUAGUAUGUGAGUGUGGGGAUGGGGUCAGGCAAAGGCGCGACGUGUUCUUCUCAACAAAUGGAUACGUCGAUUGAAGAUCUUCGUGAGAGACAUCGGCAAGAAUUAGAAAAUUUAACAUUGACAACACAGCCCUUCAAAACAUUAAGGCUUUUCAUUCUGGCUAUCUUUCAAUAUUGUAAGCAAUCAGUAUUAUAUCUUUUGGCAAAGGGUGGUUGGCUUAUGCUUUUAAGCUCUCUAGUAGCAGCUCUUGGAAUUUUGCUUAUGACUAUUGAGGGCCCUCAUGAAAAGCAUGUCCAGGAAGCAUCUCGGUAUGUUCAGUUUGGAUUAUGGUGGAUUGCACUUGGUGUUGCAUCUUCAAUUGGUCUUGGAUCUGGUCUGCACACUUUUGUCCUUUAUUUGGGUCCUCAUAUUGCCUUGUUUACAAUAAAAGCCAUGCAAUGUGGACGAAUAGACCUGAAAAGUGCUCCAUAUGAUACGAUACAGUUGAAGACAGUUCCUUCUUGGCUGGACAAAUCCUGUGGAGAGUUUGGGCCCCCAUCGUUUUCAUCAUCACAUGGGUCAAGGGUUCCUAUUAGCAGCAUCCUGCCGCAGGUGCAGAUGGAGGCUAUCUUGUGGGGUAUCGGGACUGCACUUGGAGAGCUUCCUCCUUACUUUAUCUCAAGGGCAGCUAGUCUAUCAGGUAGCAAAUUUGAUGCCCUGGAAGAAUUAAAUUCUUCCUCAAGUGAGGAUAAUGGAGUCAUUGCUACUCACCUAAAACAGAUCAAACACUGGCUGUUAUCCCACUCCCAACAUUUGAACUUCUUCACCAUUUUAGUGCUUGCCUCGGUCCCAAAUCCUUUAUUUGACCUUGCUGGCAUCAUGUGUGGACAGUUUGGGAUUCCAUUCUGGAAGUUCUUUCUCGCAACAUUGAUUGGAAAGGCAAUUAUUAAAACUCACAUACAGACGGUUUUUAUUAUCUCUGUCUGUAAUAAUCAACUCCUGGACUGGAUAGAGAAUGAAUUGAUUUGGGUGCUUAGCCUCAUACCUGGAUUGGAUGCUUUCUUGCCCACACUCACAGCAAAACUCCAUGCAGUCAAAGAGAAGUACCUGGCCACCCCACGUACCAUGCCUUCAAAUAUUAAGGAGAAGUGGGAUUUUUCGUUUGCUUUGAUCUGGAACAUUGUUGUCUGGCUUAUGCUCAUAAACUUCUUUGUCAAGAUUGUCAAUGCAACUGCUCAGAGGUAUCUGAAGAAGCAGCAGGAUAAGCAGCUAGAGGAGAAGUUACCUGCUUCGACACGAUCAGAUUAGGAGUUUGACUGUUUUUGUUUCGAUGAAGUGGCUACACUGCUCCGCAUCGUCCUUUUUUUUUUUCUUUGUUUGCAAGUAGCGUAAGUGAACUACAAGUUAAUGCUCAUUCAUAAAUUACCAUUGAAGUUACUUCCAUGUUAGAACUUGUAUAGAAAAAAAUAGGAACACGGACAGAACACAGACAAGAGAAGCUACAGGUUAUCUAUCCUGUCCUGUGUAAUGCUGGGGAAAUCAUUGUUUCGGGCUGUUCUUCUGCCAUUAUUAAGUACUGUUUGAGGUGGGAAAUUUGGAAUCUCGUUAUUCUUUGGCAAUCCAAGAAAAACUAUCUGCCUUCCCUUAAACUCCCAGCUUUGCGUUCUAUCUCCAGUCAUUAUUGCAUUAUAUGCGUAUGAAAGAUUUUCCUGAUUAUUGCUUCCAAGUUCUAGAAAAUCAUUAUUCAAUUUGCAUUAGUGGGGAUAUGGUAGGCAUCUGGCUUCCACUUUAAGCUUUUAAUAAUACUCAAAAUGUUGUAAGAAAAAAUAGCAUGAUGUCAUCAAUAUUGUCAUUUAUACAAUAAAUUUCAACUUUUAACUGAAUUUUAAGUAAUAAAAUAACAGACAGACAACAUUGAAAACAUUGGAGUUUGUGUGUGCUUGACUCUGAACUCUGGUCUUUAGCCUUACAAGGUAAUAAACUAACGUUAAUCUGGGAGUUGAUUAAC